AUGUUGUCUUGGGUGUAUCCUCUGCGACUCGUCCAGGCCCUGUUCGCCUUGGCUACUAUUGGCCUGACUGCAUUUGUCAUUGCCACCCUCUACGACAAAUGGUCGUUCUCUAACACCAUCUACUUUGUCCUUUUCAACGGCUGCUGGACUCUUGUUGUUGCAGUCCCUUAUCUGGGACUCGCUCCUCUGUGGAUCCCUCGCUUGUCGCACGAACUCGUGAUCCCCGGAGUUGAAAUCAUUACCUCCUGCCUCUGGCUCGCUGGUUGGAUUGCUCUGGCAGCUCAGAUCCCUGGUCCCAGCUCCUGUAACUACCCUAGCUGUCAUGGCCUCCAGGCUCUCAUCGUUGUGGGUGCUGUUGAGUGGGCUCUGUUCCUCUUUACAAAUGUCUUCGCCAUUAUGGAUAUCGUGAAUUCGAAGCGUAACACUCGUGACCGCGAGGUUCGCCGCAGUGCGGCUCAGAGCCAGGCUACGAGUGAGGCUGCCAGUGAAGUCGCAGAGGUCAACGGCCCUCAGCAUGUCUAG